UUGAGGGAGCGGCAAAGCUGAUACUGCAAAACUCAUUUUUGAGCUAGUGCAAAGGCAUAGGAUCCUUUAACGGGAGCAGUAACCUAAGCUGGCUGAUAAUUACGAAAGGCAUGCAGGAGUCCAUGCGUUCACAAGCUUUUGCAAAAACACAUCACUGUGACCGUGCCAGCUUACUGUGUGUAGCUUGCAAGAGCCUGAGGCAGAGGGGUUGCAGUGCAUAACAUGGCUAGAUUCUACCAAUGUCUGCGAAGCGACUCAAGAUGCCUGGCCAUUUUCAGGCCCCCACAAACCUUACUGGAUGGAUACUGAGUGGCAGGACGACCCAUUGAAGAUGUGGUUUACUAAGGCUUGUGAGGGAUCUCCAUGCUGAUGCACAGGAGACGUACAACACUUGCCAGGAGAAAAAACAACAAGCUACUCCAGAGAGAGGACAUGAUGAGGAGCUGGAGAAGAAUGAUGGUGUGUGAGUGCAAGAUCCUGAACAUUCCCUAGGAUCACAGGCCAGGUGCCCUGCUAUGAAUGUUUGGAAUUCCCUAAUUGAGGCAUUUGAUUCCUGUGAGAGUAUUUUCAUGGCCACAGGUCUAACAGAGAGCAAGAUGCGUGAGUCUGAAGGUCCCAGUGAAGAUGGCUCAGGGAAAAAGAAGUCAAAAUUCAAAUCUUUCAAGAAGCUUUUUGUUAAAAAGAAGAGAAAGGAAUUUGUUGUCAAUGCAGAGAAGCCAAAUAUGAAGAUGAGCCAGUCAGCAGGUGAUGUCACAAUUCCAGAGUCUGUCAUCCCAGAGCUUGGGGAGAACGAUCAGGGUGCUUACAAAAUUAUCAUGGGAACCAGAGCCCUGUCACAUGACAGUAUCUUCAUCCCAGACACAUCUGUGCAACAACCUGAUAAGCCUGUUCGAGUGUUUUCCCAGGAGAAUGUCUCUGAACCUAUCAAAGCUUUACAGUUAAAGGUGCAACAAAACAUUAAAGUGGGACCACCCCCGACAUUGAUUCCAGCAACAAAGAUGGAGGACGCUGGUGCUAGUUCUGAAGAUGAUGGAUUACCCCACAGUCCUCCAGAAAGCUCCCCUCGCCAUGAAAUCUCAACACAGAGCUACUUAACUAAGUACUCUGACCCUUACAAGAAUCAUAGCUCCUUGACUUUAGGUGGGACACUCAGCGAAGAAGAAGAGCAGGUUAUGCCAGGGUCUUCCUCCAGGCCCAAUAGUCCGCUCUCCACCAACCUUCCAACAAGGUCAACCUCAAGACCUCGGAGUCCCACAUCGCCACCAGUUUCGAUCUCUUCUGACAGCUUUAUUUCACCUGCUAUUGAUUUUAACUCUCCACCUACGUUCUCCACUUGUCUCGAUAAUUCUGCAGCAAGACACAAGCUCUCAGUGAAGCCACGCAAUCAACGAUCUUCCUCUAAACAAAGACGGCAUUCUUCAAGAUUUCUUUCUGAGGAGCCUAGAGAUUUAAUGUACAAAGUACCUGAGCUAAAAGAAAAUGAGCAAGAGAUCAGCAACUACAACAGCGAGAACGCCAAUUCCGAAAUAUGUUUGAAAGAGAAACCAGCAAUUCCAUCAACAAUUCUCACUCAGGGACAACCUCUGUCGCUAACUGAGCCUAUGACAAUUCAGUCAAGUAGCACAGAGGUGGUGGAUAAUUCCGAACAAGGAACUAGUGAACUUAUCCAAUUAAAUACUGCCACCUCGUCUUGUGCUUGGGAUGUUAAUGAUCAUCUGCAAACAAGCUCUGAACUUGCUGUUCUGUCAGAAACUGGAGAGGAUGUCAAUCUGAUGGAAUUUGACAUAGUGGAAGUGACUGCUUCACAAAUUCUUGUGCUACCAGGCACUGAGUCACUGGGGUCAAUGACUGUAUUGUCUGAACAUUCAACUCCACUGGAUUUUAUAGAUCCAGUAAAGCAAAAAGAAGAAAUAAAUCUUCCGGAAUCUGAAGAGAGGGCCACAAAAUGUGGCACACCUGUUCCUUCUCUUGAUAUAUCCUUUGCAGGCGAGACUGUAUAUCCAACAAGCACGGAGAUUCAGGCAGAUAAAUUGGUACUCACUUCUGAGGAACCACCUUCAAUCGUCCCUGUAGCAACAGAAAUCAAUGAGAUAGAAUUUGUGCAGGAAACCCCAGAUACAUCCUGUGAACAAACAAACGCAGAAGUACCAUCAAAAGAAUCUUUACAUUCAAUCGAUCAAAGAGCAAUAGAGCCUUCAAAUCAUGACAAUAGGUCUGGUGAAGUGCUUGAAGAAUUCAGCAGUAUUGCAUCAACCAGUACUGAGGUAUGUUCGCAACCUUCAGAGGUUUUGAAAACAUCUCAGGACCCUCCUGUUUCAGAAACCAUUAAUAGCAGUCUGGAGAGUACAGAAGUGACAGUAUUUAAGAAAACAGACGUUCAAACAUCAGAAGACAACACAAUAAGUCCACAGAGUUCAUUUAAGAAAAAUAGCCAGGGCUCCUUCAAAUUCUCAAUUUCCUCAGCAUGGAAUAGAUCCAGACGAGGCAGCAUGAAGUGGAAUGAAGGUAAUCUGACACCGGAUUCAGACAGUUUGCAGAACAGAUUCCCACAGAAAGUUAGUACGCUGCCUGGAAGAGAGAGGAAAGAGAAAGGGGAAGAAAUGCCCCUUUUUGAACCUUCUGUGGUUAGGAUUGAAGUACAUAAACCAGAAAAAACUGAGGAAUACAAAAUUGAUGAAGGAAGAGGACUAUUUGGCAUUAAACUCCGCAGUACUUCCCAUUCUUUAAAAUACAAAGAGAGUGCUCAUUUAGAUUAUAAACGUCACAGUGCUGAAGCCACUUUGGAAUCAGGCAGCUCAGCACUGCAACUCAAGGUUGAAAAGACAGAUGUCAGGAAAUCACCUGAAAUCUCCCUUAGCAACACAUUAAUGGAUAAUGGAAAACUGAAGGCGAAAUCUUCUGAAAGUCUCUCUGUUAAGCCACCCUUACCUAAAAAACCUGUCCUCCAAAGUGUGAAUACUGCAACAACAGCCUUGAACAAACAGACCAUACAAAUUAAAUCUAGUCAGGAAAGACUGAAAGACACAGAGAAAAAGCCAAGUGUCAGUAAAAUCUCAGAGAAAUCUGCUGAAGUUUUACAAGAUGAUCAUUCCGAAGAAGAAAAAGGGCAACUUUUUGACAAACACACCCAAGACAAUGGAUCGUCCACUGAAGCUUCUUCUGUGCCAGCUUGGGUCACCAUGGCUAGGCAAAAGCAGAAAGGGUAUCAGGUGCAGCAUUUCAGCAAGCAAAAUAAAAUGUCAGCCCAGGAAACCAAAGCUACUACCGAUGGUAACGGAGUGAAUAAGGAGACCUUAAAGUCAUCAACUGAACUGAAAAGCAAUCACCAUAAGUCAUCAUCAUCUUGCAAACCUCAAGAAUGCAAACUGGAGCUGAAGUCGAGUGUUGCGGAGCCUCACCAGAAUGUUUCUCCGAUUCCCAGUCCUGUGACAGUAAAUAAGCAUUCAUCGGCAUCGUCACAGAAAACUAAUGACAAAGAUUGGAGAGAUCAACACAACAAAGAUAAAGCCUCUUCCUCAUCCAGUCAACCGUCGUGGAUGGAACUUGCCAAGAAAAAGGCGAAAGCGUGGAGUGACAUGCCACAAAUAAUCAAGUAACCUUCCGCACAAGACCUUCAAGUCAUACCUGGAAUCCUCAUAGCUGCUAGUUCUUGGACAAACAAUAGACUGUCCAUCAUGUUGAUUGACAAUAAGUUAGAAUCCUGUGUUGAUGAAACGUAGGUCAACUUAAUGUUCUGUUGUUUUUUUUUCUCAAAAGUAGGGUUUCCUCAGAAUACUACAUCUAAUGUCUGAGGGCACAAAUUCUGGUGAGGGGCUGAGAGUGCUGGUAAUCACACAAAAAGUGCAACGCAGAUUCCUGACGGGAUGAUUGCAAGACCAUGUUCCUUCAUGUCAUGUUUUGGAUCCACUUGACUGGGCCAGUCUAGGAAAUAAGUGUCAGUUUUAUUUGUGCCCUGGUAGGUGAUUGUAGUGAAAGCGUUGUGCUUGGAAUUAACUUGCUGCAUUUGUUUAGGGUUCAGGAGGUGCUUUAUGACAGAGUGUGAUGUAUGUUCAGCAAAACUAAGAAAGGGGGAGAAAGUUGGCUCCUUCUAACAAACAUUUUUCAACUACUUUUAAUUUCAAUUGAUCCAGAAGUGUUUUGUUGUCUUCAAAGAGAAUCCUGUAGCAUUAAAAAAUGUUUUGGAUCAGGUGUAAAAAGUUAUUUGUAUGCUUGUAAUUUUAGCUUAACAUUUUGUAAUGAUUUAUCAUUCUGUAAUUUAAUUAUAUUAUUGUUCAAACAAAAUAUACAAAGACUCGGUAAAAUGUGGGAAAUAUAUAUUAUGGAUACCUAAGUUAACAUUUGAUCAGUUUCUCUCAUGAUAGAUAUAAUCUGUUAUUGGGUUUGCUUAGCAUUUCAAAUUUUGGUUUUAUGUACUUGUUUCUUGAUUCCAAGUAAGUCGGAGUGUGUGUGUCUGUGUCUGUGUGUGUGUGUCUGUGUGUGCAUCUGUGUGUGUGUGUGUGUCUGUGUGUGUGUGUGUGUGUCUGUGUGUCUGUGUGUGUGUGUGUCUAUCCUUUUGAGUCUUUGUGCAGCUGCUGCUUUACUCAGCAGUGUUGCUUGAUAUCAGGAUAUCCAAAUUCGAACAGAAUAUUUGGGUACCUGGAUCAAUGGAAUCUUCGGUGGAUGGGAACAUGGGAAUUGCAGAAUGAGGAAAGCAAUCCAAGUUAAUCCUGAUCAUCACAUGAUACAACGAUAACAGAAUGAUCAGUUAAUGUUGAACAAACCUGGCAAUGCAGUGAGGAACAUUUCUCGUGGUGGGGGAGCAUUGGGAACCAUAGGUCCAAAAUAAUUGUUCCUCUCAUGCAUGUUCCACUUACUGUGUAUUGUGUGGUUAGUGAAGCAUUCACCUCCUGGAAUCUUGGCACUGUUACUAAAUAUAACUAAAUGUAUGCUGCCUGACACCCUAUUCUGUAAGGCCACAGUUGAAUUGGUACAAUGUUACUUCCUCAAUGUAAGAGAAUGUGCAUAUUCUGUUAAUAACAGAAUAGAGUAGACCUACAGGAGAGGAGUGAGCAUUUGCACAGGAAACUCUGUAAUUUGAAGAAUUUUGUAGGAAACUAACAAUAUCUUCCCAGCCUGCAUUUAAAUACUUGUAACAAUGCAAAUUGCACUAGAUGUUUUAUCUUCUAAUUAUUUUAUCAUAUUCAAAUAUAGUGAAAACUUUAGUAUGCAAAGACAUACCUGCCAAACUAUUAUCCUAAAUUGCCAGAAGUUAUCCUAAAUUGCCAGAAGUUAAGUCUCACUGUGAUACAGUUACAUUGGUACAUAGAAUUGCAAUAUUUUAGAGCAAAUCAUAGACAACAUGCAUUUUGCAAAAGUACUAAACCAUGUAUCUUAAGUUCAUCGACUCAUAUUUUGCAUAUUAUCUAUCUGGUGAUAGUUUCACUCCAUACAUCCACUGUUAAGAAUGCAACUUUGAACAGUUUACCUGAGAUUAUUGCACUAGGCAGUGAAAGUUUUUUUUUGUCAAUCACAAAUUGAGUUUUGCAGCUUCCUUUACUCAUUCAACUUGUGUUCAGUAUCAUAUGCAUGUUAUCAGCAAUGCAACUAUUUCUGCCUAUUGGUACACGUAUAUGUAUUUCUGUACCUGUAUAAAUAUUUAGAGGACUGUGUACAGCAUCAUGCACAGUACCUGACUCUGUUAUUAUGUCGUGUAAUGUAUGUUCAUGCUGAUUGAGUGUCCAAAUCAGUCAGCUCUUUGUGUGGUGAAUUGCUACGGGGAAAGUUUGAAUGCUCAUAAUGCACUUCAGGUACAUGUAUUUUUUACUGGUUGUUCACUCUUAAGUGAAGUAGUGGGCAUCUUCCAGAGUGAAUAUUAGUAAGGGGGUUACAGUAUGAAAAUAGCAGCUUUUUUAUCCCCAAGGAGUCAAUGUUAGAAAUUUCUAUUGCAUAUUUCGCUUUACACAGGAAGGCACUGGAUUGCUAUAAAAUUAUAUAAUCCAUCUGACUGGUCCUGAAGUUUAAACAUGAUGUACUAUGUACUGUUUUGUCUGUACAGUGCCGUUCUACAUCAUCAGAUUGACCUAUCAUAGAAAUGAUGGCUGAAUGACAGAAUGUCACGGUGUUGGUUCAGAGUGCCAUGGAGUGGCGGUAGAGUUUGAUUCCCCACUCGUAGUGUCUCCUGCAAUACCACAAGGCAGUGUGAAGCUGAAGCCAGAGACAUCUCCAGGGCAAAUAAAUAGAAAGAAUUAAUAGUUUAAUCCAAAAGCUGAUCUUGAUUUCGAGUUCCAUUUGCAAGGAGGCCCAGAAAUGUAUUGUCUGGCUAAUUCAUGGCUGCAUUUGCAACAGGGUCCGGACAAGCCAGUGAAGAUAAACUACGAGAAUAAUAGGGAGAGCUUUGCCAUUUAAAAAUAAAUGUUGCUUUGAAAUAAGUGUGCAAUGUGGGAGUAAAAGUGUGCAGCAAAUGUUUUAUUGGAAAAUUAUCUGCAUUCAACCAAUGAUUUUCAAAUAGACCAAAGCCUUCCACAAUGAGGCAUCUCAGGCAAUUUUACCCUUAAUAUAUUCACAUGAUAUUUCUCUGCUAAUUUAAUGUAAAUUCUACCCUAUUUAAAACAAACAGGUUGACAUCUCCGUUAUAACAGUGGAUGGUGAAAUAUUGUAUGAAUGAAUUAAUAGUUCGACUACUAAUAUUGCAAACAGCAAUUGCCAAGUCUGUUAAGUUGCCACAUCUCCACAUGUAACUUUGAACUUACUGUUUGGUUGUACCCUUAAUUUAUAAACACCUGAAUGAAGACACAGCUUAUGCACUGAAUAUUAAAGUACGGUUCAUUCUUAAGGAUAGUAAAUCCAUUCAGGAAUUAUAGUUUGUUCAGUGUCGUCCUAUAGUAUUUGUUUUGAUAUCCUGUAACGACAAACCUGUGAGAUUCUGUAGGAUUUGUGAAUAGGUGAUUUGAUAGGGGUGUGUGUUUUGCAUAUUUGAUGUUUUUAUGUUCACUAACUUUGCCAAUUGGAUGUCAGUAAAGCUGGCACAGCUGCAAGGUCUCCAAUCUGAUGAGCUUCAAUCUAAUACUACUGUGUGAUGCACCAGACUGUUAAACAGCCUUACCCUUAUGUUGCUAAAUUUAUACUACCUCUCCCUACUUUUAUAUUGUUAGAACUCCGACUUAUUAAAUCAUGAUGGAAAUUAAAAGACUAUUUUUUACUAAUCUAAAA